CUUCUGCAUUUUAUUUUUUGUACAAUCGGCAUUUUUCUAUUAAUUUUCGCGUAAAACAUUACUCUGUACGCACUGAUUAAUUGAAAAGCAAAUCGAGAGGCCUACUAUAAUAUUCAAUCUGUACAACGAAUCCCGUUGACUUGCUGGGAUUAAUUGUGAGAUAACUGCAGAAUCUACUACCCUCUUCUCUGUAAUCUAAGAUUAUUUGCAAUUGUAUAUGUUUUUUUCUUGGAUCAAAACCAGCUCAGGAACAGGGAGGAAGUUACCAUUUUUGUUCUGCAAUCUAUUAAUUUUUUUCGUUCUCAAUAAGGGAGCCAAGAAAAUGCCUCUAGGGGAGCUCUUUCUUUCACCAUUCAUUGAAGUACUGUUUAUGCAAUUAACUUCACGUCCGGUGUUGGCCUUCACCCACUGGGAGAGAAUUGAAACCCACCGCAGGAAAUGGAAUAAAAAUCUGUCUAUUAUUGAGGAUGUGCUCGAUGAUGCUGAAGACAAGCAAUUGAUUGACCAAGCUGUAAAAGUAUGGCUGGAGGGCCUCAGGGACUUGUUUUAUGACUUGGAAGAUAUAUUGGAUGAGAUUACCACUCAAGCCCUGAUUCUAAAAUUGGAAGGAGUUCAGGAAAGAACAAGCCUGUUAUGGAAAUUCAUCCCCACAUGCACCAGUUUAUUGCCUGGUUCGAUUGCAUCCGAUUAUGGGAUGAUGUCCAAGAUAAAAGAAAUCUCAAACAGAUUUGAUGAUAUAGUGAAGCAAAGGACUGGUUUGAAGUUGAUAAAGAAUUUGGGGGGGCAUUCUAACCUAUGGACGGCAACAAGAUUGCCUAGCACUUCCUUAGACGAGCCCGAAAUUUAUGGAAGAGACAAGGAUAAAGAAGCUGUAAGUAAAUUGCUGAUUGGCGAAGGGGUGUGUCAUGAUGAUGUUUGCUACAUUCCCAUCGUUGGGAUGGGUGGGAUUGGCAAAACGACUCUUGCCCGACUCGUCUAUAACGAUAGAGAAGUUAAAGCAAGCUUUCAUGUGAGGACUUGGGUUUCUGUAUCUGGAGAAUUUGAUGUGUUUACUAUAACCAACAAAAUUUACAGGUCAGUGACGGAUGAUUAUGGCAAAUUUGAGGACUUGAAUAUGCUUCAAGUCAGUCUGCAGCAGAAGUUGUCGAAGAGCAAGUUCCUUAUUGUUCUCGAUGAUGUUUGGAAUGAGGACUAUGAAAAGUGGAACGUCCUAUGCCGUCCUUUCCACAUGGGGCAACCUGGAAGCCGAGUUAUCAUUACAACUCGUCUUGAUCAUGUUGCAUCAAAGGUGGGGUCUGUUCCAGCUUACCAUAUGAAUUUGUUGACUGAUGGUGAUUGCUUAUCUCUUUUAGCUCAUCAUUCUAGAAGAUCAAUCUGUGAUGAUCCAGAUUUAAGAGAAAUUGGUAUGGCAAUAGCGAAGAAGUGUGAAGGCUUGCCUAUAGCAGCAAAGGCACUUGGUGGCCUCCUACGUUCUAAGGAAAGAAAGGAAGAGUGGGUAGAUGUGUUGAAGAGCAAGUUAUGGGAUUUACCAGAACAAAAUAACAUUCUUCCUGUUUUGAGAUUAAGCUAUCAUCAUCUGCCUUCACAUUUGAAGCAUUUGUUUGCUUAUUGCUCCAUAUUUCCUAAGGGCUAUGAGUUUGACAAGAAUGAGCUGGUAUUAUUGUGGAUUGGAGAAGGUUUUCUGCAACGGGCAAGAGGGCACAAAAUGAUGGAAGAGUUAGGCAUUGAGUGUUUUAAUGAACUAUUUUCAAGAUCCUUUUUCCAACGACUAAGUUGCACUGAUUCACAUUUUGUGAUGCCUGGCUUUAUGAAUGACUUGUCUCAACUUGUUGCUGGAGGAAUGUGCUAUAGGCUAGAUGAGAAAGUAGAUACUAAUCAGGAGAAUAGAAUACCAGAAAAAACUCGUCAUGCUUCAUUCCUUCGUCAUGAAUUUGAAGUUUUCACAAAAUUCAGGGCAGUCAAACGAGUUCAAGGUUUGAGAACUUUCGUACCGAUGCCUGUCCAAAAUUCUCGCGUUUGGCCUCCUUUCUACUUAUCAAACAAGAUCUUACUUGAAUUGCUUCCUGAGUUGCAUCGCUUAAGAGUGCUAUCCCUGAGCGGCUAUUCCAUCACUGAGCUUCCAAGCAUCAUCUGCAAGUUGAUACAUUUACGGUACCUCAAUUUAUCCGGUACCUCUAUUGUUUCAUUGCCCGACUCUAUAGGUGAUCUCUACAACUUGCACACUUUAUCUUUAAGUAAUUGUCGCUUUAUCCGUCGGUUGCCCCCGGAAGUAGGAAAUUUAUCCUACCUACGCCAUCUUGACAUCUCUAACACAGAUCAACUGAGGGAAUUGCCGGUUGAAAUCGGUAAUUUGAAAAGCCUGAGGACGCUACCAAAACUUGUUGUCAGCAAAAUUGGUGGCUUGGGACUGAGGGAAUUGAGGAAUCUUGAGCAUUUGCAGGGGACCCUUGCUAUUUCAGAAUUGCAAAAUGUGACGGACAUCGAGGAUGCAAAGGAGGCAUGUUUAAGGCAUAAGCAAGAACUUGAUGAAUUACAACUGGCAUGGGGGAAAGAUAUUGACGUUUCUAUCGAUAGGAGUUUCGAAAAAGAAGUGCUAGACAUGCUACAGCCUCAUGAAAGCUUGAAAAAUCUCAAGAUUGAAUUCUAUAGAGGUAAAAACUUCCCAAGGUGGGUAGGGGAUAUAUUAUUUUGCAAAUUAUUGAGCAUAAGCCUUGGCAGCUGUAGUGAAUGUACAUCUUUACCCCCAUUUGGGCAACUGCCAAUGCUCAAGCACCUGCGCAUAGAAGGCAUGCGUAAAGUCAAACACAUUGGUGUUGAGUUUUGCGGUGCUGUGGCUGUCCCAUUUCAACGACUCGAGAGUCUAAGAUUUUACGACAUGCCAGAAUGGGAAACAUGGUCCCGUUCUGCCAAUGGUGAGGAAUCCGAGAACCAGUUCCCUCAUCUUACUCAGCUUACAAUAUUCAAAUGCCCCGAGUUAACUAAUGUUUCUCCAUUGAAGCUUCCCAUUCUUCGUGAGUUGGAUCUUCAGGAAUGCAAUAAUGUAGUGUUACGAAGUUUCAGUAAUCUUAACAAGUUAACCUGCUUGAAAGUUGAGUCUGUUACAGGGCUGUCUCAUCUACCGGGGGAACUUUUGCACUCCACUGAAUCGCUUGAAGUUUUGGAGUGUUGUAAUUGCAGGGAAAUGCUUUCACUGUGGAAAAGGGGAGAUACAGUAGAACAUCUUGUCCGUCUAAGACGCCUCAUCGUUGCUGACUGUUUGGAACUUGUAUCCCUUUGUGAAGAGGAGCAACAGAUGCCAUGCAAUCUUGAAGUUUUGGAGAUAUUUAGCUGUGCAAGUCUAAUGUCCAUUCCUAAUAUGAGCAACCUCAGAAUCUUGAGAGAGUUUAUCAUCAAGAAUUGCCAAAGACUUGUCAGCUUUCCAGAAAAUGGCGUCCCUCCCAAGCUUCGACGCCUUGAGAUAUUUGGUUGCAAUGCCUUUGAAUCCCUGCCCAGUAGCUUCUCAAACCUUGAAAGGCUUGAGAUUAAGGAAUGCUCGUCUCUGAGGACAUGUUUCGAUGGUAACUUCCCUAUCACCCUUCAGAAACUUUCAAUCAAAACAUGCAAUCAACUUUCAGAGGUGAUGCUUCCACCGAACGGUGAAAUUUCACUGGAAGAGCUUACUAUAUCCAAGUGGCUGAAUUCCGGCUCUAUACUUCAGCAUGUCAACAGCUUUUCACAAGUUUUUAAACUGUAUCUAUAUUGUAAUGGUCUAGACAACUUCCCGGAUCAAGGGUUGCCACCAAACUUGAGAACGCUUUCCAUUGAGCAUUGUUCAAAUCUCAAGUCCUUGCCAAUGCAGAUUCGAAACCUCACAUCCCUCGUAUCACUUGAGAUACGUACUUGUCGCAAGCUUCAGAACUUUCCAAGAUGUGAUUUUCCCCCAAAUUUAUCUUCACUAAGUAUCUGGGAUUCUAGGAAACUCAAGCCUCUAGUAUGGUGGGGUCUACACAGACUAACCUCUCUUCGAGAAUUUUCUAUCUGUGGCGGAUUUCAAGAACUGGAGUUUCUUGGUGAUGACGACGGUCUCUUUCCUCAUUCUCUAAAAAAGUUUUCUAUUGCAAGAUUUCCAAAACUUACUUCGCUCUCUAAGGUUCUUGAAAAUCUCUCUCUGCAACACCUAUCGAUCAUGAAUUGUGCCAGCCUUAAUGAUUUGCCCAGUGAAAACCUGCUUGAAAAGCUUUGGCAUCUAGAAAUAAGCAACUGUCCUCCUCUAAAACAACGGUGUCUCAAAGAUGAAGGGGAUUAUUGGAACAAGAUAGCUGGAAUUCCUUGUGUGGAGUUAGAUGGCACUUACAUUUACAGACAGAGUUCGGGUUAAGUUGCAGAAACUUUUCCUCGUUUCAGGGCACCAGAGACCAUAUCUUUAUGUAAUCAGUUAACCAGCAUUGUCUACAACUUUUUAUUUAUGGUAGACAAGUUCCCUGGACAAUACAAAAAGAAAACAUCAAUUUCGAUCAAGGGUGAUUGAACUUUCAAGCUGGUGACACACAACUCUUUUGAUUGUAAGCAUUAUCUUGUCACUGAUGCUAGCUCUCAACACACUACCACAUCAAGAAGUAUGAAAGACUGUAGAAAGUUUUGAGUUUCUAAAAUGUAUUGAUGGUGAUUUCCUAUAUUUGCAGAGUACUUUCAAAUUUUUAUUCUGUACUUUCAAAGAAGUGCUCAUCCAAUUGUUGUACGGUAAAAGUGGUCACUGCGGGUUGUGGAACAAAUUUUCUCCAUGAAUUGCAAUGUGUGGUAAGUUGAAUUUGCUGAGCUAAUUGAAGAGAUUUCCUAAUGACUACAAUCUGUUCCAAGAUUGCAAAAAAUGUAGCCUUAAUGUCAAGAACCUGCCCUUCAGUUUCUUCUAUUAGGAGAAAAGAGGCCCCCGUUUUUACUUCUACAUAUUGAAGUUUGAUUUCAGGCUUAGAUAACACUUUAUCUUUAGCUCUGUGACAUGUUUGGCCCGGCUUACUAAA